GUCCGGUGAGGUCCAAGAUGGCGGUGCUGGGCUGAUCCUGCUUCUGGGGACGGAAGUGCGGCCUCCGCCUGCCUGACCUCCCUUGGCGGACCCUGCACGGGUCCUCGCCACUGCGGCCAUGUCUGGUCCCGGCAAUAAACGCGUCGCGGGCGACGGGGGCUCUGGACCUCCAGAGAAGCUGAGCCGUGAGGAAAAGACGACAACCACACUUAUAGAGCCCAUUCGUCUCGGAGGCAUCUCUUCCACGGAGGAGAUGGACCUGAAGGUUCUGCAGUUCAAGAACAAGAAACUAGCAGAGCGAUUGGAACAACGACAGGCUUGUGAAGAUGAACUCCGGGAACGGAUUGAGAAGCUGGAGAAGCGGCAGGCCACUGAUGAUGCCACACUCCUCAUUGUCAAUCGCUACUGGGCCCAGCUGGAUGAAACUGUGGAAGCCCUUCUUCGACACCAUGAAAGCCAGGCGGAGCUGUCUUCAGGGACAGAGGCGCCUGGAAUCCAGGAGGGGCCAACACAUGAUGAGACCCCUCUCACAGAGCCAGGGACAUCGGAGCUGAGGGAUCCCUUGCCAAUGCAGCUGCGGCCCCCUCUGAGCGAGCCAGCCUUGGCUUUUGUGGUGGCUCUGGGUGCCAGCAGUAGUGAGGAGGUGGAGCUGCAGCUGCAAGGCCGUAUGGAGUUCUCCAAGGCAGCGGUGUCCCGGGUCGUGGAGGCCUCAGACCGCCUGCAGCGCCGGGUGGAAGAACUCUGUCAGCGAAUAUACAGCCGAGGGGACAGUGAGCCUCCUGGUGAGGUGACUCGGGCUCGUACCCGAGAGUUAGGCCGUGAGAACCGGCGGCUACAGGACUUGGCUACCCAACUGCAGGAGAAGCAUCAUCGAAUCUCAUUGGAGUACUCUGAGCUCCAAGAUAAAGUGACAUCAGCAGAGACCAAGGUGCUGGAGAUGGAAACUACAGUAGAGGACUUGCAGUGGGACAUUGAGAAGCUGCGCAAGCGUGAACAAAAGCUCAAUAAACACCUGGCAGAGGCCUUGGAGCAGCUCAACUCUGGCUACUAUGUGUCCGGGAGCUCCUCGGGCCCCCAGAGGUGCCAGAUCACACUCAACAUGCAGAAGUUUGAGAUGCUGAAUGCGGAGUUGGAAGAAAACCAGGAGUUGGCCAACAGCCGCAUGGCAGAGCUGGAGAAGCUGCAGGCUGAACUUCAGGGGGCUGUGCGGACAAAUGAGCGCCUCAAGGUGGCCCUGCGGAGCCUUCCUGAGGAGGUGGUGCGGGAGACGGGAGAGUACCGAAUGCUGCAGGCCCAGUUCUCGCUGCUCUACAAUGAGUCUCUGCAAGUGAAAACUCAGCUGGAUGAGGCCAGGGGCCUGCUGCUCGCUACCAAGAACUCCCACCUGAGACACAUUGAGCACAUGGAGAGUGACGAGCUGGGGCUGCAGAAGAAGCUGCGCACAGAGGUCAUCCAGCUGGAGGACACGCUGGCCCAGGUACGCAAGGAGUACGAGAUGCUGCGCAUCGAGUUUGAACAGAACCUGGCGGCCAACGAGCAGGCGGGGCCUAUCAACCGUGAGAUGCGGCACCUGAUCAGCAGCCUACAAAACCACAACCACCAGCUAAAGGGGGAUGCCCAGAGAUACAAGCGGAAGCUGCGGGAAGUGCAGGCAGAAAUUGGCAAGCUCCGGGCUCAGGCCAGCGGCUCUACCCACUCCGUCCCCAAUUUGGGCCACCCAGAGGACUCUGGACUCAGUGCCCCAGCCCCAGGGAAAGAAGAGGGUGGGCCAGUCCCUGUCAGUGCCCCUGACAGUAGAAAAGAGGUGGCUUCAGCGCCUGCUGCUACCACUACUACCUCAAUGAAGAAGGAGGAACUCGUCCCUUCUGAGGAAGAGGCCCAAGUCCUAACCCCUGGGCCCCAGGGCCCUUCCUCCCGGGGCCGAGAACCUGAGGCCAGGCCCAAGCGGGAGCUUCGAGAGCGGGAAGGGCCUGGCCUGGGACCCCCACCUGUAGCCUCAGCUCUCUCCAGGGCUGAUCGGGAGAAGGCCAAGGUGGAAGACGCCAAGAGAAAGGAAUCAGAACUCCUCAAAGGUCUGCGAGCGGAGCUCAAGAAAGCCCAGGAAAGCCAGAAGGAGAUGAAGCUGCUGCUGGACAUGUAUAAGUCGGCGCCUAAGGAGCAGCGGGAUAAGGUGCAGCUCAUGGCCGCUGAACGCAAAGCCAAGGCUGAGGUUGAUGAACUGCGGAGCCGCAUCCGGGAAUUGGAAGAGAGGGAUCGAAGAGAGAGCAAGAAAAUUGCAGAUGAAGACGCUCUGCGGCGCAUUCGGCAGGCAGAAGAGCAGAUAGAACACUUACAGCGCAAGCUGGGUGCUACCAAACAGGAAGAAGAGGCUUUGCUGUCGGAGAUGGACGUGACAGGCCAAGCUUUUGAGGACAUGCAGGAGCAGAAUGGGCGGCUGCUGCAGCAGUUGCGGGAAAAGGAUGAUGCCAACUUUAAGCUGAUGUCAGAGCGGAUCAAGGCCAACCAGAUUCACAAGCUGCUGCGGGAGGAGAAGGAUGAGCUGGGCGAGCAAGUUCUUGGCCUCAAGUCCCAGGUGGAUGCCCAGCUGCUGACUGUGCAGAAGCUGGAGGAGAAAGAGCGAGCUUUGCAGGGCAGCCUUGGGGGUGUGGAGAAAGAGCUGACGCUGCGCAGCCAGGCCCUGGAGCUCAAUAAGAGGAAGGCUGUGGAAGCCGCCCAGCUGGCUGAGGACCUGAAGGUGCAGCUGGAACACGUACAGACACGACUGCGAGAGAUCCAGCCUUGCCUGGCAGAGAGUCGGGCUGCUCGAGAGAAAGAGAGCUUCAACCUCAAGAGAGCUCAGGAGGACAUCUCACGGCUGCGGCGCAAGCUGGAGAAGCAGAGGAAGGUGGAGGUUUACGCAGAUGCUGAUGAGAUCCUCCAGGAAGAGAUCAAAGAGUACAAGGCACGGUUGACCUGCCCCUGCUGUAACACCCGCAAGAAGGAUGCCGUCCUUACCAAGUGCUUCCACGUUUUCUGCUUCGAGUGCGUGCGGGGCCGCUAUGAGGCCCGCCAGAGGAAGUGCCCCAAGUGCAACGCAGCCUUCGGUGCCCACGACUUCCACCGCGUCUACAUCAGCUGAGCCCAGAACUCAGUGAACUUGGGAACACCCAUGGAUUCUGGGGGCUGUGCUCCCAUCCAGUGGCCCUCACCCUCCACUCUGGACCCUGUGGGCCUAGCCCCACCCCACCUAGUCAGUUUGGGGGUUCCCUGUGCAUGCUGGUGGGUGUGGGCUCAGCCAGGCUCUGUUCACCUUUUCCCCAUGUCAGCUGCCCUGGGUACACCCACCCUGUACGAAGAGCCUGCUGUGAGAAGCCGAAGGUCCAGCGCACUCAGCGGAGCCUCCCGGAAGCUGGCCUUAACUGUCUCCGAAGGCCCAGCCCAGGCUAAGGCAGGGAUUUCUCUAGGCUGUGGCUUCCUAUCCAGGAGGAGACUCUCAUUACCAGCUUAGAUGCCCACAGGGGUAGGGUGGGGCCCUUGUUCUGAGACAGCCCUGGGGCUCAGGAGAUGCUUCCCUCUGGGUUCCCCUGGGCUCCUUGGUCUGGCCGUUGUGCCGAGCUGAAGGAGAUGCCUCCUGGGAGAUGCUGGCCUGUCCCUCUGGGAAGCUCUAGUUGCUGCAGUCACAUUGCCCUCAUCUUGGGAGUGCUGCGCCAAGAUAAUCAGCCCCUUCCAACCUCCACUACUCAGACCUGUCUAUAUUGUGCAUCCAAGUCUCCACUGGCCCCCCAGACCUGACCCUGCUUGCUUCCUGGUGGCCUUAACUGCAGUGGAGGCAGAACUUCCCAGGAGGGGAAGGGCCAGACUAGCCACUGGGCCAACUUCCGAUCAUUCCAGAUAGAAGAGCUUCAUCUGACACCCUGUGACUGAGCCUGUACCGGUGAUGGUUCCUGUGUUGGCCUGCCCAGGGCCUGUCCAUGGGCUGUAGAGGGCAGUACGCAGGGGCCUAGAAGGUAGAGCUAUUGACAGGUGCAAGGGUCCAUUCAGACCCACAGUUCGUGCUCUAUAGAGAUACCUUGUGGGCUGUUUGUUGUUGAGAAUAAAUGUCCAACUGUCA